AUGGAGCUGCUUUUGCGGGAUGAGACCCCGCGGAUCCGGAGCACCGGGCUCGGUGCUGACCUGACAACGGAGGCAGAUUCUGGCUACACCCCGAUGGAUCUGGCCGUGGCCUUGGGACACAAGAAAGCUCAUGGUGCUGACCUGACAACGGAGGCAGAUUCUGGCUACACCCCGAUGGAUCUGGCCGUGGCCCUGGGACACAAGAAAGUCACAGACAAGUUCACAGAGAGCCUGUACGUGCUGGCCAACGAGCCCUCCGUGGCUCUGUACCGGCUGCAGGAGCAUGUCAGGAGGUCCCUGCCAGAGCUGGCACAGCACAAGUCCGACAUGCAGAACUGGGAGGAGCAAAGCCAAGGAGCCAUCUACACAGUGGAAUAUGCCUGCAGUGCCAUCAAGAACAUGACAGACAGCAGUGUGUACUUCAGGAGCAUUGACAACCUGCUCAGACAGGCCAUUGCCAUCAAGGACCAGCUGAAUGCUGCUCAGGGCCGCAGCACUGUUGCCCCACAAGCCAAGAAUCCUCCAACCAGUUCUUGA